CCCCCAAAAAUACUUAAGAGGUACUUUAAAGUAUUUUUAAGUAAGUACUUUACACCACUGGAAACAACCACAUCAGAUCAAUGGGUGUGCCUCGCAAUAGGCAAAAGGAGAACGUAGUGAGGCAUUGUAACUCAUCUCAGAGGAAGUCUGCUAGAAGUGUCGUACCCCACCAUACCACAGCAUAUAUGUGUUUUAUAGAUCUUAUCCUAGAAGAGCUGGCUUUCAACUUAGCUGAUCCAGAGUCAGCUACUCAGAAGAAAGAAAGUGAUACAGUCAACACAAAUGACCAGGUCUCAAAGGUGUGUCCUGUUGGUCUCCCUCCAAAGAAAGAAAUUGAGACAGAUCGCACCAAUGCAUACAGUGAGUUACCAGCUCCAAUGGAAGCCGGUCUGCUGAGUCCUUGCUCUGCUACCAGAGAGCUGGACUCCAUAAUGGAGGAUUUGCUGUUUGGCCUGGAGAUGAGGCUCCCAGACCCUCCUCCUCCCUCAACCCCACCACCACUUGUCCAGAAGUCAGUCAAAAAGAACCAUGUUGGAGAAAAGAAAGAAAAGGAGGACACCCAAGCGAAACAGGAGAGCACCAACAGUCCUAAGACUUCUGAUCUGGAGCGCAAGGCAUCAACACAGAGAAAAACGGACGCCAUAGAUGACCUUCUGGGAGGCUUGAGCUCUGAUAUGGAGAAGAUGGGUGUACGAACGGUGGCGAAGGGCCACUGUGCUUCCUGUGGCAAGGUCAUUGUGGGAAAGAUGAUCACAGCCCUGGGCCAGGUGUGGCACCCAGAACACUUUGUUUGUAUGGAGUGUCGGGCUGAGCUGGGGACUAGUGGCUUCUUUGAGAGGGAGGGGAAGGCCUACUGUGAGAAAGACUACCAGCAUCUCUUCUCACCUCGCUGUGGUUACUGCAAGGGUCCCAUUCUGCAGAACAUCCUGACAGCGAUGGACCGCACCUGGCACCCUGAGCACUUCUUCUGUUCCCAUUGUGGGGAGCUCUUUGGGCCUGAAGGUUUUCUGGAGAAGGACGGGAAGCCGUACUGCCACAGAGACUUUUACCAUCUCUUUGCUCCAAAGUGCUCUGGCUGCGGAGACCCUGUGAGAGAGAACUACCUGACUGCAGCCAACGGCACCUGGCAUCCCAACUGCUUCGUCUGCUCAGACUGUCUGAAGCCCUUCAACGAUGGUUGUUUCCUAGAGCUGGAUGGUCGUCCCCUGUGCUCUCUGCACUUCCACUCCCGACAGGGUACACUGUGUGGGGGCUGUGGAGAGCCCAUCUCUGGCCGCUGCAUCUCUGCUUUGGAGCGCAAGUUCCACCCUGAGCACUUUGUGUGUGCCUUCUGUCUGCGUAAACUCAGCCAGGGGGUGUUCAAGGAGCAGGCAGGGAAACCUUACUGCUCAGCCUGCCACACCAAACUGUUUGUGUGAGACUUAUUUUACUGAUAAUGCCCGAGAUGCCAUGGUUUGGAGGAUAUAUUGGCACCGGUUCGAGUGCCGGCAAACCGGGCUUCGAGGGCAUUAUCACUUUUAUGCAAUGGGUUACCAACAUAUUCAAAUAAUGAUUGACAUAUUUGAAUUAAAAACGUUAUUUUGAUUAA